CACGUGGUGCCGCUUGGCAAAAUGGCGGCGCGGCUGGAGGUGUGGAUGGCUGGCUCUGGGGUCUGAGUGUCUCCACCCGGAGCUCUCGCGGUUGUGACGAUGUCGGGCCCCGCGUGGCGAGACUCGCAUGGGCGCCCUGCCGAGUUCCCCGGAGACAUGUCCUCACAGGAGGAAGAGGAGGAGGGCGACUGCGACGCCGAGGCCAGCGGCUUGGACUCCCGCUCCUCAGCCAGCAGUGACACUGAUCUGGAGCCUGAGUGGCUGGACAGUGUGCAGAGGAAUGGAGAGCUGUUUUACCUGGAACUGAGUGAGGAUGAGGAAGAAAGCCUCCUUCCGGAGACACAGACUGUGAACCAUGUCAGGUUCAGUGAAAAGGAGGUCAUCAUUGAAGAAGAUGACACCAGAGAAAGAAAGAAGUAUGAACCCAAGCUUAAGCGCUUCACCAAAAUCUUAAAAAGCAAAAAACUUUUACCUAAGCGCUACCACAAAAAGAACAGCAGUGACAAUGGGCCGGUGUCCAUUCUGAAGCAUCAGUCCAACCAGAAGACCGGGGUUACUGUGCAACAGCGGUACAAGGAUGUGACAAUCUAUAUUAACCCCAAAAAGCUAACGGUCAUCAAAGCCAGGGAGCAGCUCAAACUCCUGGAAGUGCUGGUAGGAAUCAUCCAUCAGACCAAGUGGAGCUGGAGAAGGAGCGGGAAGCAGGCCAAUGGGGAGAGGCUGGUGGUACACGGCCUGUCACCAGGAGGCUCUGCCAUGAAGAGCGGUCAGGUACUGGUUGGUGAUGUCCUUGUUGCCGUGAAUGAUGUAGAUGUGACUUCUGAAAACAUAGAGAGGGUUCUGUCUUGCAUCCCUGGACCAAUGCAGGUGAAGCUGACAUUUGAAAAUGCAUAUGCUGUGAAAAAGGAAACGGCCCAACCCAAAAAGAGAAAGACACAGUCGAGCACAAAUGAUUUGGUGAAACUUCUCUGUGGGUCAGAGACUGACAGCAUCCAGCAUGGUAUCCUGGACACCCCACACAUCACCAUGUACCUCACGCUGCAGAUCCAGUCAGAGGUAUCCAAGGAGGAGCAGGAAAUUUUGUACCAUUACCCAGUGUCUGAAGCCUCUCAGAAACUCAAGAGUGUGAGGGGGAUUUUUCUCACACUCUGUGACAUGCUGGAAAGUGUAACUGGGACACAAGUUACCAGCUCAUCCCUCCAUUUAAAUGGGAAACAAAUUCACGUUGCUUUCUUGAAAGAGUCUGACAAGUUGUUGUUAAUUGGCCUGCCUGCUGAAGAAGUUCCUCUUCCCCAGCUAAGGAACAUGAUAGAAGACACUGCCCAAACCCUGAAGUUCAUGUAUGGUUCCUUAGAUAGUGCCUUUUGCCAGGUUGAGAACACUCCUCAUUUGGAUCAUUUCUUCAGCUUGUUCUUUCAACGAGCUCUUCAACCUGACAAGUUGCAUCUCAGCGCCAGCCUUAGUGCUCAACAGUAUGAUGCAGCCAGUGCCGUGCUUUUGGACAGCCUCCCUGGAGUUCGUUGGCUCACACUUCCACAGGAACUCAAGGUGGAGUUGGACACAGUGUUGAGUGACCUUGAGGCUGCCGACUUCGAAGAACUGUCCGAGGAUUACUAUGACAUGAGACGGCUGUACACAAUUUUGGGGUCUUCUCUGUUUUACAAGGGUUACUUGGUGUGCAGCCAUCUACCUAAGGAUGAUAUUGUUGAGAUUGCUGCAUACUGUCGCCAGUACUGCCUACUGCCUUUAGCAGCAAAGCAAAGAAUUGGCCAGCUGAUAAUAUGGAGAGAGGUCUUCCCACAGCACCACCUCCAGCCUCCUGCAGACUCAGACACCGAGGUCUUCCAGGAACCUAAAGGGAGAUAUUUCUUACUAAUUGUCGGACUGCGACAUUAUAUGUUGUCUGUGCUGUUAGAAGCUGGAGGCUGUACAUCUAAAGCUACUGGGAAUCCUGGUCCAGAUUGUAUUUAUGUAGAUCAGGCUAGAACAACUCUUCAUCAGCUGGAAGGAAUAGACUCCCGCAUAGAGGAACGGCUAGCCUCAUCUCCCGGGCUCUGCCUGUCUUGUGCUGACUGGUUCCUUGCUGCACCACAUGAAAAGGCAGAUAAUUUGACCACUUCACCUAUCCUCAAUAGACUGCAGGGGUCCACCAAAACAGUGACCUCUCCAACAUGCAGAAGAACCUUUUUCAGUGACUAUUCCUUCAAGACACGGAAGCCCAGUCCCUCCAGGAGUAGUGGAGGAUAUGAGCCUGGUGAAGGUGGAGAAGGUGUUGUUCCUAGCCCACACACUACCCCAGCUGCAGUACGGAAGCAAAGAGAAUCCAAUGGUUCAGAGGACAGCAUGGCCUUGCUUAAGCUCGCUAGAAAGAAAUCGACGCUCCCAAAUCCAUUUCAUUUGGGAAAUUCGAAAAAAGAACUUUCAGACAAAGAAUUGGAAGUCUAUAACACGAUGAAAUUGACCUCUGGUCCUGAGAAUACACUCUUCCAUUAUGUUGCCUUAGAAACAGUGCAGGGCAUCUUCAUCACUCCCACCCAUGAAGAGGUGGCUCAGCUAGGCGGUUCCGUCCAUGCUCAGCUAAUUAAGAAUUUCCAUCAGUGUUGUCUCUCUAUCCGUGCAAUUUUCCAACAGACAUUGAAGGAAGAGAAUAGGAAAGUACUGCGUGGUGAAGAUCAUUCUGAGUCUGCAGAUUCAAUGUCUUCUCUGACCGCUGUGAAAGAACAUGGUGUGCUAUUUGAAUGUUCACCUGAAAACUGGACUGAUCAGAAGAAAACGCCACCAGUUAUGGCAUACUGGGUGGUGGGGAGGCUCUUCCUUCACCCCAAACCUCAAGAACUGUAUGUCUGUUUUCACGACUCAGUCACAGAAAUUGCCAUUGAAAUGGCGUUUAAAUUGUUCUUUGGAUUAACAUUGUAGCUGUGUUUGUAGGAUUCAAAGCAGCACACAAAGGGAUCGUGGGACAGUGUCAGAAUGGCUGAAAUCAACAUAUAGAAAUAAGGCUCAGCUUAGUCAUCUUUCACUAUUGAACUUAUCUUUUUAAACGCUGAGAUGCCAUGCUCUUGGGUUGUUGCAUCAAUUCAUAUGUAGUAUUAUAGAAGACAUUUGAGUAGAUAUUUGAUCAAAAUACAGAGACAAGAUUGCUAAUUUAUUGAAUAGUUUUAAAUAAUGUGAAUUCUUUAAUAAAAAAUAAUAUAGAUGUUUAUUUGGGGAUCAUAUUCAACUCAUUGUUUUUCCUAAAACCCAAUACUGACUUUAUACCUGGUGAAGGAAUGAAAUUGAAGAGAUGACAAGGUUCUGUAGUCAUUGUGAGGGGCCCUGUAUCUGUGUACUAAUAAUAUUACUAUUGCAUUGGGAUUUUUGAAAGUCACAGUUAAUAAAAAUAUUGUUUUUAUUUUGUGUAUUAGUAUCUAAAUUCGCAGUAUCUGUAUUCUGUUUUCUUAUCAAAUCAAAAGUCUGUGCAUUAGUUUAAGUAUUUUUAGUAGAUACCUCAGUGCAGGAGAAGUUUAAAGUUAAUUUAUAUUUGUUCGAUUCUCUUUAUUCUUUGUGAUGAACUUUAUUUUGGAAUAAGAGACAUUUUUAAUCAUCCAUAAGCUUCCAUUUCUUUUAUUCUUCUUGUUGAAGUAUGUUCUAGUACACAUGCAUUUUAUAUCACUACUACAAAUCAUAUUAAAAACACUGGAUGAGGGCUGGAGGUCAUGAGCAAGUACCUCACUGGAAGAGACCUGAGUUCAGCUCUUAGCACCUACAUCAGAUAGCUCAAAAUACCUGUAACACACACACACACACACACACACACACACACACACACACUCACAAUUAGAAAAUAAAAUCCUUUUUAAAACACUGAAAAAACAGGCUAACACUGACCUAGGGUAACUUUUUUUAUAAAAUACUAAUUUUUGUCUUAUAAAUAAGCAUCAGUCUGUAUUGGGUUUUCACAAAGGAAGGAGGUGCACUUUAAGCAAUGGCAGUUUACCUAAGCUUCAGUAGUAGAGAAAACUGACUAGGCAUUGAUUUUCUUUGGCCAUGAGAAUUUAGUGUAUUAAAGAAAAGAAAAAUAUAGCAAAUGCUACAUUUAUUAUUACCACUUACCCAGGUGGACAUCCCACAGGCUCAAUAUCCCCCACACUUUACAGUUGUGGUUAGUUUCUCCUUCAAGGAUUAUAUAUGUUGGAAGGCAAGCUAUCUAAAGUUCAUCCCUGCAUUUUCCCUCCUUUAAACAUGAGCCCUCUAGCUUAAACUACAUAACAUCAGUGUAUCUUGAGCUAUUUGGUUAUAUAAAAAAAUACUGUUACCCCCUCAGUCCUCAGUUUAAGAGAGUCUCAUCAAGGCAUUGGUGACAGACACCAGCUGUUUACAUCACCUGUGACUUCUAAGGGGCUUUAAUUUCAGCUUUCAAGUCAGAGAUGGAAAUUGUGGAUCUUGAAAUGUAGACAACAGUUUGAAAUCUCUCCCCUCUUAACAGCACUGAGUCAAAUUAGUCUAGACUCCCUGUGUGCCAAUGUAUGUGUUCCCGUAUUUCUAAAAACGUACUUAUUAAAUGUCUUUAAUUUCUGGACACACCCUCAAAUCCCAAGCUGUUUCUAAUACUGAUAAUUAUGAUCAAUGUAGCUGUUGACCACCUCAGGUUUUCAAACAGAACAAACUAGGGAUAUUAAUACGGGGAACUUUUUUUCCCCACUCAAACUUGAUCUGUUGGUGUCAGCCAUGAGAACACUAUUCAAAAAGUGGUGUAAAAUACAAAGCAAAUGACAGAUCUUAAAGAUGGGCCUUUUGCUGUGUGGUCCAUGUAUACUAUAAUGUCCAUGUUGAAGAGAUACUGCAUUUUCAAAAAAUAAAAUACUAUCUUAAUUUUCAUUUCCAGGUGAAUAUUGGAGGUAAACUUAGCUGACCAUUUCUCUGAAUAGUUCAGACACAUCUGAAACUCAGUCUGACUGUUAGACAGUGAGUACUGUCUGUCUCCUUUACAGGGAAGGGAUAAGGUGACAAGCACAGAUCCCAUAGUGAUGGGCUUUCAGAGAAACCUUCUUGAGUUAGGUUUUUUUCACAUCCUAACAAUACUGUUCCAGAGAAUUUUAAAUACAAUGUCUGCCUACCAUUCUUAGAAAAUCAGACACAGCCAGGCAUGGUGGCACAUGCUUAUAAUCCCAGUAUUCAGGAGGCUGCAGGCAGGCCUCUGAAACAAGGACAGGCAGGGCCAUCUCAAACAAAAACACAAGUACUUUCUUACUACUAUCACGUUUCUUGGGCCAAAGAAAUUUUACACUCUUGCCUUUUCUUUUUUUCUUCACUCUCUUCUCCCUUUCCUUAGCUUUCUUUUGUUUCUGUCAUGUCAGAGAACUGUACCUAAGAGAGUACACGGUGUUUCACUUUUUGUGCCAAGGGACUAUGGAUAACAAUGCUUACCUAACAAAAUGGUAAUUGUGAAAUAAUCACUUUUUAAAUAUUUCUGACACAAACUGAUAAAACUGUGAAACCAGUCUACUAGGUUUUUCUGCUUUAAGAAUUAUUUGUUUCUGUGUGUUCUCUAAAUCAUUGUUGUCACAUAUUGUAAAGUAUAAAGUGUGAGCUGUGGCUAUUUAUCAACUUUGAAUGGCCUCUGCUUGAGAACCAAAGGAUACAGAUUGAGUCUUACCUAUUACUGCACAACAAGACAGUAAUGACCAGAAAAAAUUAAUCCUCACUCUUGUUUUGAGAUUUAUAUUUUGGAUAUUUUAAAAAAUAGUAAGUGCUAUUAAAACUUGAACCUAUAUACCAAACCAUAUGAACUAAUUUAAUUAUAAAGAGUUUUAUUUCUGUAUAUAAUUAAAGCUAUUUUUCUACUUUCAGAGUUUUAAAUAAAACUGUUUUGGAGGUUU